AUGCUACAAAACGAAUCAAUUUUAUUAGUUGCCGAUAAUUCCGGAGCCAAAAAAUUAUUAGUAAUUCGCUGCUUAGGUGGUUCUAACCGCCGAUAUAGUCGCGUUGGUGACCUAGUAAAAGCAACAGUAAAAAAAGCCGACCCGCAUGGUAAUAUCAAAAAGAGCCAAAUAGUGACAGCAUUCAGUAAGAAUUAUGCAGUGUUAGUAAAAGAAGACAAUAAGGAACCACACCCGAAAUUUUAUAAGAUUAUGACGAAAACAAAAUUAAAAACUGGCGAUAUGGUAAAAGUUAUUACCGGCAAGCAUCAGGGAACAAUUGAUUACAUUUCCCGCCUAGACACAAAAGAACAAGUAGUUUAUUUAAAAAAAGUUAGCCGCAAAAAAUACGAUAAAUCUACGCCUGAAAAUAAAAAAAAAAGUGAAUUGAAGGAAAUAAUGACCCCAAUUCAUAUCUCUAAUGUUGCCUAUUGGUUAGAAGAUAAAAAGAAAAUUACUAAACUUGGACAGGCAGUUAGUGAUAAAAAAUUUUUAGACAAUACCGAAAAAGCAAUUAUCCAAGUAUCAGGGGGGCAAAAACCCAUCUUAACUUAUGCCCGCAAAUCUAUUACUACUUUCAAAUUACGAGAAGGAAUGCCAAUCGUCAAAAAAUUUGACCGAGUUGGUAAUUAUAAUAUGGGAGUAGAUAAUUUAAACAUUUUUCCGACUGUUCCUUACGAUUUAACCGCUAAAAAUCAGGGACUCCAAAUCACGAUUGUUUUCAAGUCUUCUUCUACUGAGGAAAAUAGUCAUUUUCUGAGAUUGUUAGGAUUUCCUUUUAAAGAGAAGUAA